GGCACUGGCCUGGCAGGCGGGGGGGAAGGUGCAGCAGGUAACGACUCCGUUUUCUCUGUUCCAGGCUAACAGGCAGCCAGCCAAGCUGAACCUUCUCACCUGCCAGGUGAAGCCGAACGCCGAGGACAAGAAGUCUUUUGACCUGAUUUCACAUAAUAGGACGUAUCACUUCCAGGCAGAAGAUGAGCAGGAUUACGUAGCGUGGAUAUCAGUGCUGACAAACAGCAAAGAGGAGGCCCUGACCAUGGCCUUCCGCGGAGAGCAGAGCGCGGGCGAGAACAGCCUGGAAGACCUGACCAAAGCCAUCAUCGAGGACGUCCAGCGGCUGCCUGGCAACGACGUCUGCUGCGACUGCGGCUCCUCAGAACCCACCUGGCUUUCAACCAACUUGGGUAUUCUGACCUGCAUAGAAUGUUCUGGAAUCCACAGGGAAAUGGGGGUCCAUGUUUCCCGCAUUCAGUCUUUGGAACUAGACAAACUGGGAACUUCUGAACUCUUGGUGAGUAGUGGCCUGUCUUUGGAAGAAAACUUUAUACGUUUAUUGUCGUGA